AUGGGUGAUCCACAGAGGUCCCCAGCCCUGGGGCAUUCGAGGAGCAGGUCCGUAGCAAAGCCAAGGUCCUCCAUGACAGGACCCCUCGAAGCCGCAGAUGAUCCCUUGGCGUCUACCCUUAGUCCUUCUCAGCCUGGUCCAGCUACUCAGCGAGCUCACCAAUCUAUGCUGAGCCCUCGAUCUCCUCAACCUUCGCGGGGCCGCAGUGCCCCAGGAUCUCCCGUGCCCCAGCUUGGGGAGCCCAAAGCCAAGGAUUUUUCUUUCUUGUUGCGCCCUGAGAUAUACCAUCCAAUCACACCAUUGAAUAUACCUGCGGCAUUCAGGAAUUCACCCAAGCAGCCCGGUCCAGAAAUCCCACUCGAGGAGCUGCUCGCCAAGGGCCACUUUCGAGCUGCAGCAGUUGCAGCAGUCCAGGAGCUGACUGGACUUGGCGCGACUGGGGGAAUUGAUCCUCAUGAUUCCCAGAGGAUCUUUAGGUUACUAUAUACACGGCUGGCUUGUCUCACAUUGAUUGACGCCACGUCUCUUGCGGCUCAGGAAGUCAAGGCGUUGGAGGAUUUAAAUAACGUACGAGUCUACGUUGACGAGACUACCGGAGAGCACCUUGUUCCUUGGGAACUCCGUGUACUCAAUGUGAGGCUCCAAGCACUUGGAUUCGGGGACACACGUCGCGCUGUCAUGAGCUAUCACGACCUGGCACGCGAAGCCCGGGCCCGAAUAGUGAAGUCUACGGCUGUCCACGACAACUCUGCGACCGAGCUUUGGAAGUCCCGGUUGGCAGACUUGGGCAUCAAGGUGGCUGGUGCCUUGAUUGAAAUGGGCGAUCUUCCUGGGGCAGCGAGUCACCUUGACAGUCUGCGGGACAGAGGAGAUAGCAAGCUGAUAUUCUCCAAAGCCUUGCUCUUGCUUCAUUUGGGAGACACGGAGCGGGCAAGGGCCUGCGCCCAAAAGUGCACUGGGGAUCAAGCUCUCACCAACAAAAUUAUUCUGGCUCUUUGCGACAUGGCAGAUACUGAGUUCGAAGCAGCAUUGGAAAAAUGGGAGGGUCUCCGACUUGAACACGAUGAUGAGAUGAUUGGCGUUAACGCUGCUGUUUGCCUGCUCUAUUUGGGCAGGCUUCAAGAGAGUCGAGAUGUUCUUGAGGGCCUUGUCGGAAAGGGUCUCUCCUCACAUACCUUACUAUUUAAUUUGUCGACGGUUUAUGAACUGUGCACAGAAAAGCAUAGAAACAUGAAGACAAAGUUAGCGGAACGUGUUGCGGCAUUCGACGAGACUCCAUCUGGAUGGGAGAAGACGACUGCUGACUUCAAAUUGUAG